UAAGUUUGACUCUGUCUGCGCUAAUAAAAGGAAAGACUGUAAUCCUUAUUCAAUACCUGCCUUCCAUUCAUAUGCCAAACCUGAAACAUUCAAACAGUCCACAGAGAUGGUUCAUUGUGGACACCAGUGUAAUAGAAAAGAGGGUGUAGCUUGGAGGAAGCACAACAAUAAAAAACAAAGAUUAACAGCAGUGGAAUGUAAAGAAGAAGUACUUUAUGAAAGUUUCUUCCAUGGAGAUUCAACUCUUAGGGAAACACAAAAUAUCCAGCUAAGUGAAAAAAUCACUGAACCUGAAAGUGCAUUGAAGUGCACACAGCAGAUCAUGAAAGGACCAAAAGUGUCAAUCGAGUCAAUAAAGCAUUCUGAUGAACUUAUUCAGCUUCAUACCGGGUUGCCGUCAUAUCAGUACUUCAAGUGGAUUUAUAAAGAAGUUGACAAGGCAUCAGAAAAUAUGAAAUAUUGGCAUGGUAAUGGAUCAGAAAAGGCCAAAAAAUAUAUAGAAACCAACCAGAAAAAGCCUGGACCAAGUCGGGUGGUGUCUAAAGAAAAUGAACUCCUGAUAACUUUAAUGAAGUUAAGACUUAACAUGAUGGAGGAGUACCUGGCAUACCUUUUUAAUGUUAAGCAGCCCACAGUCUCCUCCAUAUUAUCCACAUGGAUUCCGUUGUUGAGCCAUGAACUGUCUGGAUUGAUUUACUGGCCUGAAGUGGAGGAAAUCAAACUUUGCUAUCCAGAUUAUUUUAAGAGAUGGCCAGGCAUUAGAGCACUAUUAGAUUGUUUUGAAAUCCCAACCCAGAAACCAUCGCAUGUAGAGGCAAAUACACAAGUAUUUUCAUCGUAUAAGAAUCGGGCCACCACCAAAUUCUGCCUUGCUUGUACACCAGGAGGAUCUAUCUCCUUCAUAUCACCCCCAGCAGGUGGAAACAUGUCGGACAAGGAGAUUGUCAUUGCAUGCAACCUUCCCCAAAAAUUCUCCCCUGGUGAUAAGUGUAUGGUUGACAAAGGUUUCCUUAUCAAAGGGGAGUUGUUGGAGUAUGGUGUUGAACUUAUCCAUCCACCUUUUGUACAUAAAGGCCAGCCUUUCACUGAGGAAAAGAAUAAAUUGAGCAAGCAAAUUGCACAUGCUCGAAUUCACAUUGAGCGCGUCAUUGGUAGGUUACGUGACUACAAGUACUUGUCAAGUGAAAUACCAGUGUCUCAACUGGAUUUGAUAGGUCCUGCAGCUAAGGUAUGUUGUGCUCUUACCAACCUUAAAAGUUCUGUUGUUGGAAAGAGUUAGUGGUGAACAAAAAAUGCUACAUUUUAAUAAAAUGUUCACCCAAUAGUUAAUGUUUAUGAUGAUGUGAAUGUUGUUUAAUACAGCUGUGCAUCAGUGUGCAAAAACUACACAGCUUAUGUUUUUGUUGGGGGAUGUUUGUUCAUUUUGAUCAAACAAAACUAAGAUGAUGAUUGCGAUGAUAAUUUAAAAAAACAGAUAUUAAAAUGAACCAGGCCUGACUUUUUAACCAGAGGUUAUCAGUUUUCAUUUGAAUGAAGUACUCAAAAAAAGUAUGCACAAUGAGAGUUAUCAUUCAAUAUGAGAGUUUGUUCUGCGUCUGUAUAAUUUAAUACAUUUAUUUACAUGAACCGUUUCACUGGUAAUUCCUGACCCUCUCAGUGAGAUAGCAACUGUGGCAUACAUUGUAAAUGAAGUUUUUACCAAUGGCAUUAUUGAUGCUUUUUUCUUAAUAGUUGUUCUCAUACAAACUGAUUAUACAAUGUUUACCAGAGGAUUUAAAAUAUUUUACAAACUUGAAUUUGCAAUAAAUAUGGUAAAUUUUAGUUUAAUGAAUAAUGAACCCGGUGAGUAGAUGUAUAUACAUGUAUAUAUAUAUAUAUAUGAAAAAAUAUAUAUAUGUGCAAUUAAUGCCCUUUAGUUUAUUUUAAUUAAUAAAUUAUUAAAUACAUAUACAACUGUAGAAUAAGAAAUCCAAUGGAUUAGUCCCUUUGGAGACAUAUCUGUCAUUAUAUUAGUUCUGUUUGAAAAAGUUUUACAUGUAUAUACCUUCCAGCAUUCUUGUUGAAAUCCCUGUGCAGUGCUGCACUACACCUUGGAAACCAUACCCCAUAAUUAAUUUGUGAAGAUUCAAAUGACAAUAUAUAUACAUUGAACUGCAAUAAACUGUGAAUGUUUCAUACAGAAAAUCA